AUGGCCGGAGAGCAGCCCAAGAAGCCCACCGGUGGAGCCUAUGGCAUGUGGCUGGCGGAGCAUCGUGCCGAGUUGCAGAAGGAGGUCGGCCCUGGGAAGCCCGCAUCGGAGGUCGCUAAGCUCGCCGGAUCCCGAUUCAAGGAGGUCAAUGCGGAGGAGAAGGCCGUGUACCAGAAGAAGUUUGAGGAAGCCAACGCCAAGUACGCCGCGGACAUGGAGGCCUUCCUUGAGGCGGGUGGAGAGAAGAAAGGCACCAAGAGGAAGGCUGAUAAGACGGCCAAGAAGAAGAAGGACCCGGCAGCACCCAAGAAGCCUGCCGGAGGCGCUUUCGGCUGCUUCCUUGCCAAGAACCGCCCCGCCUUCAUGCUGGAGGUCAAGGGCCAGCCGAUCACGGCCGUCACUAAGCUUGCCUCGGACCGCUGGAAGAGCCUCAGCGAGGACGAGAAGAAAGUCUUCCAGGAAGAGUACGAGACCAAGAAGGCCGAGUAUGAGGAGGCCAAGAAGUCCUACGUCCCCUUGCCUAGCGCAGAGAACGAGGCUGAGAAGCCUGCCAAGAAGGCAAGGGUAUCCAAGGAAGACAAGGAGACGGCAAAGCAGAGCGCCAAGGAGAAGAAAGCCGCUGAGAAGCAAGCCAAGGCAGACACCAAGGCCGCUGCCAAGGAUAAGGCAAAGGCAAAAGCCAAAGCCUCUCCGAAGAGCAAGGCCGGGAAAGGCUCGGGCAAGGGAGCCAAGAAGGCCGCUGCGGCAAAGUCCACGGUCGAACUCUCGGACGCCGUUGCCGCGAAGGCUGACAAAGCUGGACUCAAGGCAGCCCUGCUGAACUUGGCCGCGCGAGCUGAUGUGAAAGAAAGCGGCAAGAGCCACAACGCCAUCCUCAAGGCGCUGGAGGAGUCUGGUGGCCUCAUCCACCCCGCAAAGCGGGCGUUGCUGGGCGCCUGA